AUGGACAUGGACCAGAAGCCGUUCGUCGACUACGGCUCUGCCGCCGGCUACUGCUAUCCCAACGCCGACUUCGCCAGAGGCACCGCCGUUUCGCCGUACUUCUACCACACGACCGCCUCGAGCAUGUACGCCGGCAACCAGUACAUGAACUAUCCGCAGGCCGCCGCCAGCUCGCCUGAAGGUUUGUUUUCCGUUUCCUCUUCUUUUUUGACAUUUGAUACUCAAUUUUACUCUGCAAUUUUUAAGCUUUUUGCAAUUCUUUAACAAAACUGUUCGUUCUUCUUCCUUGCCAUCGAAUAAAACUGAUUUCAAAUUCAUAAUCAUCAUAUGAACUGUUUAAGUUUUCUCUGAAUUUGUCACUUUUUGACAGGUUUUGACCUAUUCGUGGUUCUGUCCAAUUUUGAUCUCUUUUUGAACUUCUUCCGUUCUUCUUUUUACUCGUACAAAAUUAACUUUCCAACAUUAGAGUUUGAAGUUUCAUAAAGUUUUCCGCUCUUUCAUAAUUUUCAUCCGCUCGAAACAUCACAUUUUCCUGCGAUAAUUUUUUUCGUCGGGACUAAGAAAGUUUUGUAAUGUUUUUUUUCUUGCGCGAAACGACAUUCUCUCUUCGAAUGUUUCAAGCCGUCGUGCAAAAAAGAGUACAAAAACAUCGUGUUUUUGCUUUUCAAAACAUUUCACAUUGGUUCUCCUUUUUUUGUCUUGAGAAAGCUUUUUUCAAAUAUAUCUGACUUGAUUCGUGCAAAAAUCUUGUUUGUUCAGAUCAAAUGACGACGAAGAUCAUCGAAGGCGGCGAGGUCAAAAUCAACGGCAAAGGGAAAAAAGUGCGAAAGCCGCGAACGAUCUACAACUCCCAGCAGCUGCAGAUGCUGCAGAAGAAGUGAGUUGGGGAGGUGUCAGGAGUGUCAGUCGGUCUCUUCUUUUACUCCGUUUUCCCAAAACAUGCUCUGCACUUUGCCAACGGCACCGAGGCCUUUUCUUUCAACCGUCAUUUCUAACUUAACACUUACUCCAUUUGGGAAACGAGAAUAAUGUAACUUGUUUGUAAAUGUUCUCUUGAAAACGUAAAUGAUACUUUUAGAAAAAUAUUUAAAAAUACUUUUGAAGAAUAUGAGAUAUUCCGUCUACUAAAACAUAUUUUUGAAAAAAAGUAUUUUCCAAGUGUUUUUAAAAGUGUCACUUCUGGUUUCCGAAGGUUCUCAAAAAUACUUGAAAGUAUCUUCGCGCUUCGUCCUUGCUACAAUCUGUUUGCACGUGAGAGCAUCACGAAAAUUAAUUUUUCUCUAUCGAUUGAAAAAUAAUGAAAAAACUUCAUAUUUUCCAAUUUGCUGCCAUACCGAUUGAACGAAAAACACGUCAACUUUGAUGAUUGCCAAAAUUAUGUUGAAAAAAGGUUCAAAUUUUGAACUUUAUGUGAACACUUCAAAUAGAGGUGUUCAUAUUUCAAUCAAAUCCCAAAAUCGUCCAAAAAAUGCUUGAAUAAUAGAAUUUUGUGAAGCAAAUACAAAAAAUUUGUAGCAACUUCUUUGUAGGUCUUCUCGAUAAGUACAUUUCUAGUAAAGGAAUGAGAGGAUACCUUAAAGAUGCAAAGUUAAAAAACUCCAAGAUUGAAAGCUUUUUAUUUCGAUAAACAUUUAGUGCUCCAAUUGAAUUUCGGACGUUGCAGGUUCCAGAAGACGCAGUACCUGGCGUUGCCGGACCGAGCCUCGCUGGCCGCUGAGCUGGGAUUAACUCAGACGCAGGUUAGUUUCGCUGCAGUUGAUCCUGACACCUGGCUCCAUUUCACCCUUCCCGUUUGAUUCGCACCAUUAACUCGCCUCUAAGUUGACUUUGUCGUCCGCAAAAACCCAACGUCGAAGGACAUGGGAAACGCGUCCCGAUAUCUGUUGGUUUUUCCCGCAUAUCCAAGUUUCGCAACUCUUUUUCAUUUCAACAAAGCUCAGGAACCGUGAUAUAAGUUAAGAUAAUCCAGCACGAAGUUUUCAAAUUCUAGAUUUAAUUAGAGCCAAUGAUGGCGUCAUUAUGUUUUCCUCCUGCGAAGCUUUCGAAGAUCAGUUUAUUAUUUUUUUGUUGCGAGAACUAAUUUGGGUGACCGUCGCAUUUCUAUUUUUUCUUUCUCUGGGACUCAAACUUCUGAAGCUGUUUUCGCUAGAAUCCUGAAAUCAACUGAGACGUUCUCAACACAUUUCUUCUCUUUCAUCUCCAGCUGUUUUUUUUCUGAGUUUCAUCUGCAAACCGGAAGGAGUUUGGGGUUUUUCCGUGGCGCGCAGGUGCCAGAUCGUUAUCUCUUGGAUGACGCGCCGUCCAUCACGCAACGACAACAUGUGUUCCGCUAUCUUGAUCACCGUUGAUGCGCUCAUGCUCAUCAGCCUUUCCUCUCCGAGACUGGCAGCACCUGAAGGCUAUCUCUCGAGUUGGCAGCCAAGUAGAAUAGUCAACUCCGUGGGCUCCUUGACAGCUAGCUCCAUCUUCGAAAAAUUUCCCUUUCAGUUCAACUUCUGAGGUCUCAAAAAGUUCCAUCGUUUCAUUCUAAUCAUCUCGAUCUUUUGCAGAAGCUUAUACAAUAAUUAGAUGUGAACAGUAAGAUGAGAGCUUCAGAACUUCUGAGUCCAAACCUACACAUUUCAGUUUCUCUCUAGUAAUUUUUUUUCAAUAACUAAUUGAAUAACUCCUUUAAGUUUUGAUUUUUGUAUCCAAUAAUCUCCAACUUUUAUUCCGAAAAGACAACAUUGCAGUUUCUGCAGGUCUUUUCCGAUAUCGGAAGCGUUCAUAGAUAUUUAAUUUCUUACGACCAAAAAGAAGUAGAGUCAUCUUUAAUCCAUACUUGUGACCGAUCCUUAUCUCAGUGUUUACUGCAAAAACUUUUGGCUUGUCAAAACAACUAGCUCCGUAUGUUGAACCAAUUCGUCGGUUUGGCGAAUCUCAGACUCAAGGCCUAUCAUUUUCGCGUUUUUCGAAACCCGCAAUUUGAUGUGCCGCCGUCUUCUUUUCGCUUCCUGCCGCUACUACCGUACUCGGCCAGGAAAAAGAAGACGAGUUAUGAGAAAUAACAAUUCUUGUCUUCAAAUCGUCUUUUUUCACCUUUUAUCGACUUUUCUGGUAUUCGCAAUUUGGUUUUUUUCUCCUGUAAGACUAUUACUUGAGUUUCUAGACUGAUCAGUUUCAUGAAAAAGUUUCUCAAAUUAGUGUAUAUCCGUUGAAAAAGGGUUGAAUAUCUUCUAACUUCUCACCACUAAAAUUCUGAGAACUUUCCUGUUCGCUCAAUGAAACUUGAACGAAACUGCAACCAAGAAGCUGAGUUGCUCUUUGGUCGGUACUGAACUUGAGUCCUCAGAGUGAAGAUUUCGAGUAACAUGAGCAAUACGGUGCCAACGAGGUUCAAGUGGGUUAUACAAUCGACUAACCUCAAUAAGCCGGCCAUAAUGCGCAUUUACUGCCGCCGCGGCCUUCGCGUUUUUUUUCCGCAGGCUGACGCCGGCAUACAGUACCUACCUACCUGCAGCUGGGACUUGCUCCCACCUGCUCUCACCUGUUGCGUUAGGCGCCGCGUGCCGUCGCUAGGGACCCACCGUAACUCGACGCGGAGGAGAGUGACCUCCACCGAAGGCAUCCGUCGGACUAAUUAUCUGGCCUGUCCAUGGACACGGAUUGUGAAAGCGUGGAAAUGUCAUGGACCGGUGACAUUUUGGCUGAAGGGACACUUCCCUUUUGUCGACUCCGAGGUUCGACCAGUUUCUAGCAAUUAUUGACCAGAUGUACUCUCAGAUAGUCAUUCUUCGAGUGUCCUCUUGGAGAAUUCGGAAAAAGCCGGCAGUUCUGAAAAGUUUCAUUCUAUCCAGCCAUUCCUCGAAGAAGAAAAGGGUCGAGAAUAGUUAUCAAACAUUUUUAGCUCCCAAUUUACAGCCUAUAUCUGUUUGAGCCACUUGAAUCACUAAAAUCGGGAUGCGAUUUUUGAGAAAAACUUAGCAGAAAGAUUGUUUUCAGAUUUUAAUUUGAUGGAAUUCAAAAUGAGUAGCACCUCCUCUUUGGCAUGUGCCCUACAAAAUUUGCCUUUCUAUACAUUUCCUAUUUUCAGGUGAAGAUCUGGUUCCAAAACCGGCGGUCGAAGCAGAAGAAGCAGAAGAACGUGACAGACAGAACGUCCGACGAAGAAGGCGAGGCCGAAGACUCACCGCCGGGCUCUUCGCCUCUCUCAGAGUCGCAGCCGAUGUCCGUGCAGACGCCGCAGCAGCAGCUCACGCCACAACAGCCGAAUUCCAUACCACAGGACUGGACGGCGUCCGCGGCCUCCACUGCCACCGCUCAGCAGCUUCCGGCGUCGGUCACGCUACCGCCGAUGCCGUCGAUGACGUCAAUGCCUCCAGGACCGCUGGCGUCGUCUCUUUCGCCUUACGAAGGUCUCAAGUAUCCUGAUGAAGCCAAGAACUUCCUCUACGAUCAGCACAUGUCUUCUUACUACUCCUAUCCUCUUCACCAGCCUUACCCUUACUAG